CAGUUAAACGAACUUUAACUUCAAUUUUGAAUUGACUCUUGUAACAACAACUGAAAGAGCAAGAAACAAGGAAGUCAAGUGAAAAACCAAGAGGUCAAUAGUCGAAAAUUCCAAGGAAAAUUUGUCAAAAUGUCAAAAUGCCAUCAGCAGAUCAAAUUCUGUUCAUAAAUGUCACCACAACGGUGGCAGCAGCGGCAUUGACAGCAGCCGUUGCUGUCAACAGCAGCAGCAGCAACAGCAGCAGCGGCGGCGGCAGUGGCAACAGUUAUAGCCAUUCUGGAGUGGCAGCAAUAACACCCGAUGGUUUUAUAUUAACCAGCACGACGAGUAAAACUGAUAUAAGUAUUCAUCAUCAGAUUACUGGCGGCGGCGUUGUUGGCGGUAUUGGUGGUCAUCAUCAGGUCGUAGACGAUAUUGGUGUUGGUGGUGUCCAUUCUGGUCAUAGGAUAGGUGAAACGAAUUUAACAGUGGCUUUGGUCGAUAGUCUGGCAACAACAGUGGCCGCUGCGGCAGCGGCAGCCACCGGCAGCAAUGGCAUCACAACAAUAGCGACACUGUCCAACGAUGCAGGUGACUGCGGCAACGAUGGCGGCGUCGAAGAAUUUCAGUCAAGUAUAUUGGGCAUACAAUUGGCUGUACCCGAAUGGGAGGCAUUGCUCACCGCAUUGGUUCUAUCCAUAAUUAUAGUUUUAACCAUAAUAGGCAAUAUUUUAGUUAUAUUAAGUGUAUUCACAUACAAACCGUUAAGGAUAGUCCAAAAUUUCUUUAUUGUUUCGCUGGCGGUGGCCGAUUUAACGGUUGCUUUACUCGUCCAGCCAUUUAAUGUCGCCUAUUCGAUACUGGGUCGCUGGGAAUUUGGUAUACAUUUGUGUAAACUAUGGCUAACAUGCGAUGUCCUUUGCUGCACCUCAUCCAUAUUGAACCUGUGUGCCAUUGCCCUGGAUCGCUAUUGGGCCAUCACAGAUCCGAUUAACUAUGCUCAAAAGCGUACUGUGGGCAGGGUUCUCCUCUUGAUAUCGGGCGUAUGGAUAUUAUCUCUAUUGAUAAGUAGUCCACCAUUGAUUGGUUGGAAUGAUUGGCCCGAUGAAUUUACCAGUGCCACACCAUGUGAGCUAACAUCGCAACGUGGCUAUGUCAUCUAUUCGGCAUUGGGUUCAUUUUUCAUACCAUUGGCCAUAAUGACUAUAGUUUAUAUUGAGAUAUUCAUUGCGACACGCAGACGUUUGCGUGAGCGUGCCAAGGCCAAUAAAUUGAAUACAAUUGCAUUAAAAUCCACCGAGUUGGAUACCAUUCAUCAGAAUUCAUCAUCAUCACCAGUUGCCACCAGUAAAUCACGACAAUUGGCCAAUUGGUUAUGCUGUGGUCGUGUAGCUGGGGAACGUUUUCAAUUUACCACGCCCAUGAUACAAAAUGAUCAGGAGAGUAUUAGUAGUGAGACUCAUCCACAUCAUCAUCAGCAGCAGCAGCAGCAACAACAUCAGCAGCAGCAAGAAGGAAAUGAUCCACAGCAACAGCAACAACAUGUUGUCGUUUUGGUUAAGAAAUCGCGACGCUCCAAGAUCAAGGAUUCCAUAAAGCAUGGCAAGGCCAAAGGUGGUCGCAAAUCGCAAUCAUCAUCGACUUGCGAGCCGCAUGGUGAACAGCAAUUGCUUCCCUCAUCUGGAAGAAGUGGUGGGCCAAGCAGCGGAGCUGCUAAAUCAGAUCCUGAAAUAAGCACUGAGAGCGGCAGCGAUCCCAAGGGUUGCAUUCAGGUUUGCAUUACCCAGACCGAUGAGCAAACAUCUUUAAAGCUAACACCGCCUCAGUCAUCGACUGGUGGCACUUCAAUUGCCAUUGCGUCAGGAACGGCAACGGCGGCGGGAACAACAACUGCGACAGCUGCCACAUCGUUGCAAAAGAAACCCAGCGGUGUGAAUCAAUUCAUUGAAGAGAAACAAAAGAUCUCAUUAUCCAAGGAAAGACGGGCCGCACGAACUUUGGGCAUCAUAAUGGGCGUAUUUGUCAUCUGUUGGCUACCAUUUUUCCUAAUGUAUGUCAUUUUGCCAUUUUGCGAGAGCUGCUGCCCAACUAAUAAGUUUAAGAAUUUCAUCACUUGGCUGGGUUAUAUUAAUUCUGGUUUAAAUCCAGUUAUCUAUACCAUAUUCAAUUUGGAUUAUAGGCGGGCAUUCAAAAGACUAUUGGGCAUUAAGUGAGAUUGGCUUAGAGUCGGAGGACCAGCAGAUGCCAAAGCUGCUGCUGCUGCUGGUAGGCGUGGCGAGAGAUGGCGAGAUAGGGAAAGAGAAAGUGUAACUCAAAGUUUGUGCCAAACAUAAUGAAUCAACACACUUACACACACACACACACACACACACACACACACACACACAAAGUAGCAACAGAAAUAAUUGAUUACAACAAUACAACAAUUUGUCCUUUUUUUGUCUGAUGAAUUUAACUUUGUAUUUCAAUGUACACUCGAUAAAAGUAUAGAAAACAAAAGCAGAAAUUAUUAAAAUAUAUCAAAAUAAGAUAUAAUUGGCUAUUCCGUUGGGACUUGUUGCCAAAUUUCACAUGGAAAAAAGUUGACUUUCUCAAUAACAUUUUUUUUUUAACAAGGGAGAUACAGUUUAUUUAAAAGACAUUCUUCUAAGAUCGACACGAGCUUCUAUAGCUCUCGUUUCGUUUUCAAAUCUUGAAAGAUGCAAAAUAAUAUCAUUAAGAAGCUCUGAGCAAAAUUUCAAAAAGAUCGGUUUAUAACUUUUAAAGUUAUCGCCAAAUUAAACAAGUUUUAGUUUUGAAAAAAAAAAAACAUUUUACAUGUAUCUCCCCCUACCAAAAGCGAAAUAAAAUGGGAAAGUUUUGUACUGACACCGUCAAAGUUGACCAAUAGGGGCGCUAAGGUGCAGCAUACAAAAAUGCUAAGCUGAGAAAUAAAAAAAAAAAACUUGAAUCCUUUUCUUGAAGGUUUCAAUAGAGUAACUAAAAUCUUUACUUUUGCUUUCUCUUUUUACUUUCUACUGUGCGUAAAACUAUAUGUGUAUAAAUGUGCGUUUCUGCGUAUGUGUGUGUGUGCUUUUUUGUGUUCGACUGCUCCAUAAAGAGCCAUUCCAAAGGACAUGUCUGGACGCACUUAGAUAAAUGUAAACUGUUAUAUAUAUAUAUGUGUGCAUGUACUCAUAAAACAAGAAAAACCAAAAUACCAAAAAAUAUGACAUAUAAAAUGUGAAAGAGAGACGGCGCGAAACGGGAAAGAGAGAGAGAGAGAGAGAGAGAUAGAAAAUGGGAUAAAGGGGAAAUGUCCCCUUUUGAACUUUCAACUACAACCAAAUAAAAGGCAUCAAACAUUAAAAACCCAAAAUAAAAACAU